ACAGUAAUCAUAUGAUCGGGAGUCGAACCCCGCCGCAGAACACCGACACUGCGCGGACACGAGCGGAGCAGCCGGGCCCGGUGCACACGGUGCAGAUGCGCGAUUCUUAGCCGCAGGACAGAGCGCGUGGGGCCGGUUGAAAGUGUCAGAGCAGAGACCCGCACACACUCACACACACACACACACACACACACACACACCCCGCCGGUGAAAGAGGAACUUUUUUUUUUUUCUUCUUCUUUCUUCUCUUUUCCUUUUUCAAACCUCUGGAGAGAGUCCGGCCGACGGAGAGGAGGGGACCGCGCGGAGCAACGCGGGGGCCAACACACACCAGCCGGCGCUGAGACCUUGAGCUCGCAUCCCCCCCCCCCCCCCGACAGAGACGCGGUCAGCGGGUCGCGGGCCGGUGCCAGUCCCCCGGGCUCCUUCGCAUCGCCUGUGUCUCUCUCUCUCUGCCCCCCCUCCUCCUCCUCAUCCUCCUCCUCCUCCUCCUCCUCCCACGAAGUUGCUCGACUCUGCCGGCUCGCCGUCCCGCUCGCGCCGCAGCCAUGGUCGGGGAGACAGAGGUGAAGGAGCGACCCAAGUCCAACCCGGACUAUCUCAUGCAGCUGAUGAACGACCGCAAGGUGAUGAGCUCGCUGCCCAACUUCAGCGGCAUCUUCACGCAUCUGGAGCGGCUGCUGGACGAAGAAAUCGGCAGGGUACGCAAGGACAUGUACAACGACACGCUGAACGGCGGCAUGUUCAACGGGCGGGACAUGGAGGAGCUCCCCGAAGCCAUCGGCCCCGUGGCCCAGCUGCAGGAGAAGCUCUACGUGCCGGUCAAAGAGUUCCCCGACUUCAACUUCGUGGGGAGGAUCCUGGGCCCGCGUGGACUGACGGCCAAGCAGCUGGAGGCAGAGACCGGAUGCAAGAUUAUGGUGCGAGGGAAGGGCUCCAUGAGAGACAAGAAGAAGGAGGAGAUGAACCGAGGGAAGCCCAACUGGGAGCACCUGAGCGAGGACCUCCACGUCCUGAUCACAGUCGAGGACACACACAACCGGGCCAAGAUCAAGCUCCAGCGGGCCAUCAACGAGGUCAAGAAACUUCUCGUCCCCGCUGCCGAGGGGGAGGACAACCUGAAGAAAAUGCAAUUGAUGGAGCUGGCCAUUCUCAACGGGACUUACAGAGACGCCAAUGUCAAGACGCCCACCGGUGCCUUCACGCUAGGGAACCCUCAGGCACCUCGGAUCAUCACGGGUCCGACGCCCGUCCUGCCUCCCUCCAUGCGCAACCCCGCCCCCGUCAACACGCCAACGCUCAUGCCUCUGAUUCGCCAGAUCCAGAGUUCCGCCCUGGUGCAGGGGGGCAAUCCGCACCCGGCGCUGGUGCAGCAAGGGCCCGAAUCUGGAAUCAUCUACACACCCUACGAGUAUCCUUACACACUCACGCCCUCCAUAUUGGAAUACCCGAUUGACUCAACUGGAGUAUUAGUCUCUUCUCCCUGUGUUUUUGCAGCAGGUGCCAUGACCACUAAGGUACGACGCCACGACAAGAGAAUCCAUCCUUACCAAAGGGUAGUGACCACAGACAGAGCUGCCACGGCAACUAACCCAUGACCCCUUGACCUUCUGACAUUUCCGCCCACUGAUGACCCGCCCAUCUCCGCCCGCUGGCGUGCUCAUUGGCCCACGGCCCCCGCCACUAUCCCCAGCUCAGCCAACCAGAGACCAGCAGAAUGGGAACAGCCCGGCUGCUACUGUCUAACCAGCGAACCAGACGACAGCGAUCCUGGGAGUAAGCCUCAGGAGCCCGCCCAUCACCACGGCCCAACCUAAACUUUGCCAAGCGUGCCUUGCUUAUAAAACUCCAAAGCCAGUCUAUGAAUUUUUUUUAAAACUAUCCUACAGUCAAAAUCCCAAUCUGUCUGUAGACUUUCCUGGGGAUGGGGCCCAAACUGGUGAAGGGCUCCUAAACAGAUCCCUAGCUGUGCCCCACUGUCUCUCUGAGCUCCCCUUGCCCUCAGUCCUCAUCAGGCAAUAAUAAUAACAAUGACUCUGUUAAUAACAUGGUAACUAUACUCAUACUGAUGGUAAUUGUACUUAUCCAGCCACAGGAGCCCUCUUUAAACACUAAACUGAAAGAGAUAUGUUGAUAUAUUUUGAAGUGUUUUUCCUCAGCGGGCACCUCUCACUCAACGUGGGAAACUCUCCCCUGGCCCCUGCGUACAUUAAUCUCAUCAUAACACAUUGAGGAUUGCUGUUAAAAUGGUUCAUAUAUUAACACGCUUUCCCUUUGAAAUGUAACAGCAUCAGAUGAUGUCUUUAAAACGUGACAGUGAGGAAUACUAAAAGAAAAAAUAAUAUAUAUAUCGUUCAGUUACGCAAAAAUGCCAGUUUCUUUUUAAGCGACAGGAGCUCAGCGAGGAAAAGAAACAAACUGCAAAAUCCAAAAUGCCAAAGUAUCUCCAGAUACUGAGUCGACAUGCACAUUUUUUAAAUGCCAAGCCUGUACAGUGCAGAUACAAGUGCACAACAGAGGGGAGGUUGCACUUCUUUUGUCCAAAUCUCGACGACUUACACAGCGAUGCCUUUGCCCUUUUUUUCCGUCACACUACACAGUAUUGUCUGAGCUCGAACAACAGUGCCUUUAUUUAUUCAGCGCCGUGGAACAAUGUUACACCUAAAUCUUUUAUCUCCACGCGGCCGCUUUGUGUCUGGCGUGAAACUAUGUCAUUUUGGUUUGUGGAGAUUAAUUAGGGACUGCAGAAAAAUGUCUCGCGGCCCUAAUCGUCACCAUCUAAAUUUUUACAGCUCUACAUCCAUAAGUCUGAUCAUAAUUCAGAUUUUAGUGCCAAAAAAAAAAAAUACAACAACCAGUGGCUCAUUUGAAUCGGACGUGCAAUGCAGUAUUAAAGCUCCAGCUCCAGUGUCUGAAAAAUGUUUAUGUGAGGUUUCGGAUGCCUCGAGAAAACAGUGUUAUUGUUUUAUGUUGUUUUUUCUGUUUGUUUUGUUUGGCUCAUUGUUUUUGUUGGAGACAAAGUCGUCCAUACAUACGGUAUAAUUUUUUGCACGUGCGACCGCUUUCUCAGAGGGCGUGGUGCGCUUUCACAUGCACAAGCCAACGGAUGCCUUGAAAUAAUAAUAAGCAAAAAAAGAAGAAGAAAAAAGCAGCAACAUCUGUAACAACUUUAUACUGUAUUUUUAUAUUUUAUUUUGUACAUGAGAAUAACAUUAAAUGACCUUUUUCAGAGAAGAAACACUAUGCCUUAUUAUGCGGAGAAUGAUUUGAUGAACAUAAGUAUCCUUCGCGUGUCAUCAGUGGUGAUUCUCCAUGUCCUGAGAAACUGGAGUCUGAUGUUCACUGUAUUAACCUGAGCCUCUGAGAUCAGCGUCGCUUGCCUCCUGUGCCUUUUGUAUACUAUAUAAGUGUGACAAUUAACAGUGUAGUACCACAUUAAUCUACUCUUGAGUGCCAAGUGUAGGUUACUAACUGUUACCACUUCUGUGAUCAUUAACCACUUUAAUGGUAUCUCUGUCUCUGCUUUGGAUUCCUUUAAAAAAAAUACAUGUGGGAAAACAGAAAAAUUGUGUUGGACAAUAAACGUUUAACUUUUUAAGCAUUCUGAGCAGGAAUAACUCUUUGUACACUAUUAAACUCAUAGUUGUGAAACUAA